GAAUCGAACCUCAAACUGUUCCGUGAAAAACAUAUCCUACGUCUUCCGUUCUUCUUCUCCUUCCUCUUUAUCUCUUUCCCUCUCUGUGUAUCACGGGAAAUCUCAGUGAUAUUGAUCAUAGAUUCGAUCAUUCGUUAAUCGACGUUAGCCGCGUUCUUUAUGGCUUUCUGACAGUUCCUGUAAAAAUGGCUCGACGGGAUGUUUUGUAUCUUUUGUGUCUCCUGUUUCUCGCGAACAAUUACGUGAGAUACAGCUCGUGCUCGCUUCACGAUAAACCUUACGACGAAUAUGGUUUGGAGUCGGAGAGGUUUUGUCACAAGCUCAACAAAAAGUCAACCAUCGAGAUAAAAAAUUCAGCAGCUAUUGUUUGGCCUAAACACAUGUUCGAUCGAUGGUCUGUUCUUACAGAUGUUCGUUGUAAAUUUGUCUUCAAAGCAGCUAAAGGAGAUGGAUUGUUCGGUGUAAUUCAGGAGAUGUCUCUUAGACAAAAUUCCACGGAUUGCAUAGAUUAUGUACAGUUUAAAAGGAAAGACAACCAUCGGACGCAAAAGUUUUGCGGAAUGAUGGAUCGCAGUAAAAUAAAGUAUUAUACGGUUCCUGAACCUGAGCACAAUUUUUACAUGCCUGGUGCAACACACCAAACAGCAUGGAAUUUUGCUGAAUACGAUCCAAGCGAAUCUAAAUCUGGAGGAGAAUUAGAAACUGAGAUAUUCAUUUCAAAAGAGAAGUUAAUGGAUGGAGAAUUCCUUGCUCUCAAAAUUGUUUAUACUCCAUAUAAAAAUUGUAGCAACGUGGAUUUCGCGGAAUAUACAUCGAUCCGCAUGAACGCCUGUUUGCGGAAUGAAUUCUUUUGCGAUCGAAUUUAUAAUUGUGCCCCAGGUGUUUGUUCAGACGAGGAUAAUUGUCCGAAUACUUCCACUGAAAUCACCAGCACCGGCACUGGUACAAAAGUAACAGUGGGUGCAGUGACUACAUUAAUAUUGUGUUUCAUUAUAUUUGUUAUGUGCUUAUGGAUAUGUAAAAGAUCGCAAAAGUUAUGCUGGUCUUUGGAGUGUGUUGAUCCAAAUGUGUGUUCGUCAAGGCCGGGUCAGUUACCACACGAACUCGAAGGAUCCGCGAACCCACCAGUUCCGACGGCACCGAUGUUGGAAGUCGCCGUUUGCCCGUCUAUGCCGGAUAAAGAUUUGCCACCUAGCUAUGAUUCAUUAUUUCCAGAACAAAGUAAUCCUGUUAGAUCAUAAUCAUAAAUUACUAAAUGUAAUUAAUAGGUAUUGGCAGUGUAUUAUCUAAUGUUUUAAUUAGAUAUCGCUGUAUAAAGUGCAGUCUUCAUAUAUAUGGUAUGAAUGAGUGCCUUCCUAUAUACGAAACAGAUAACAUGCAUUCCCCGUUUUUUAUCGCUCCAAUAAAAAUACUCUUUUGUUGUAUGACACUAUACAAAUACGAACAAGAUGUGUAAGAAAAAAAACAAUUAUUUAACAACAACGAACAAAUACAUUACAAAGAAACUUUGUUUAUAGUUUGUAAGUUUUCUC